AGAUGUAAACGUCAUCUACGAAUACGCUUUUGACAGGAAAAUUGAACUCGUCUUGUUUUUUACGUGUACGAUGUAAACAUUAUUUUUUCAAGUGACCAUCAGAAAAAUGAAAAAAAUGUCUCUGCCAGGGGGAGGAAUUUUCGUCGUGAAGGGCGAGAUGUCCGUUCUGCUAACGGCCAUGCGAAGGGGGGCCCGAUGGUCAUCUCACUCGUAUCAGGACGACGAAGUCGAUAACCUUAUGAAAAAUUUUCAAGAACUAAAGGAAAAUCUGAAUAAAAUCACGGAUUUGAGAGAUAUCGAGCCGAACGUGUUCUUAACGCCUUUUUUAAAUGUCAUUAAAUCUGAUGAAACCACCGGUCCAGUCACAAGCUUAGCACUUUCUUCGGUUAACAAAUUCUUGUCAUAUGGACUAAUUACGAGACUAGUUGAAAUCCAGCAUCCAGCACUGCCUCUGAUAAUCCACAACAUAGCAGAUGCAGUGACCCAUGCAAGAUUCGUUGGCACAGACCAAUCUUCAGAUGGUGUGGUCCUAAUGAGAAUAUUGCAAGUAUUAAGGACGCUUACUUUAGCUCCUGAAGGUUCAUUUUUAACCAAUGAGAGCCUAUGCGAAAUCAUGUUGUCCUGCUUUAGAAUAUGUUUUGAAACGAGAUUAAAUGAAUUGCUAAGGAAAACUGCAGAACACUAUUUGAAGGACAUGGUUCAGCUUGUUUUCAUGAGGUUGCCACACUUUUCAGAGGAUUUACAUGCCUUCACUAGCAAACAGUUUAAAAUGAGACCAGGAGCGAUUGAACAAACAAGAACCAAGAGAAAAAGUAAAGGAUCCAUUAAAACUAAAAAGCUGAACAUGAAAAAUGAAAAUGAAGAUACCUUAAACUCCGACUCUGUAAAACCCCAGUCGUUUGGGACAGGUGCCCCAACUUUAUCAAGUGAAAACAUUGUAGAUAUGCAAGGAUCUAUUUCCCAAUCUUUAUCUGCUGUAAGUCAAGCAGAUGAAACAAUCAAAUGUUCGAGUUUGAAGGUUAAAGAUUCCACCAGUGCUUCAAGUAUAGAAAUUAAUGUUGAAAGUACACAAAAUUUGCAGGGUAGUGAUGAAAAUUGUGAAAAAGAGGUUUCUCCUCAGGAUGGCAAUGCGCAAGAAACAACUGACCUCACGUUAUCCCUGAAAUCGGGGGCGAGCUUCAAGUCCGACGAGAUUCAACAGUCCGACCAGAACCAAGAAUAUGUUAAUCAGAGGGGCAUCCGCUUCACCCCCCAGUCGGAGGAAGAAUCAUCUCUCCUCCCAUACGGCUUGGCCUGCGUCAAAGAAUUGUUCCGUUUUCUGAUAAGCCUGUGCAAUCCGCACGACAAGCAAAAUACGGAUGUGAUGAUACAUUUGGGUUUAACGUUAUUAACGGUAGCCUUCGAAGUUGGGGCUGAUAGUAUCGGGAAAUUUCCGUCGUUGAUGGCGCUGAUGAAAGACGACUUGUGUAGGAAUUUAUUUUCUCUUUUGAGCACCGAACGGUUGUCAGUUUUCGCGGCAGAUCUACAGGUGUCGUUCCUCAUGUUCGAAUCCCUCCGUUGUCAUCUCAAGUUCCAGUUGGAGUUUUACCUCACCAAAUUGAUCGAUGUGAUCGUUAGCGAGUCCCUGAAAGUCACGUAUGAACACAAGGAGAUGGCUCUGGAUAAUAUACUACAAUUGUGGAGGAUUCCAGGGUUGGUUACCGAGCUUUACUUGAAUUACGACUGCGACAUGUACUGUACGAAUCUUUACGAAGAUUUGACAAAGUUACUGGCUAAGAACGCCUUCUCUGCCACUUCCGGAGUGUACCACACUCAUCUUCUAUCCUUGGAUGCUCUACUUCUCGUGAUAGAAGGUAUCGAACGGAACUGCGAAAAUAGCAGAGAAGAGAUGGAAAAAAGUUCUGUAGAAGUGAAAAUAAACGGUGGCAUGGUAGAAACUCGGGAUAGAUUAAAAUUAUCCGAGAAUCUUCCCCCUAAAGAUGUUUUGUUACAACGGAAGAAUAUCAAAAAAUGGCUGCCAACCGGUACGGAACACUUCAACCACAAACCGAAAAAGGGGAUUCAAUUCUUCCAAGAGCACGGUAUCUUGAAACAAGAGUUCGACCCCAACGAGAUCGCGUUAUUUCUCAGGGAAAACCCGGGUCUCGACAAGAAGAUGAUCGGGGAAUACAUCAGCAACAGGAACAACUUGAACAUCCUCGAAGCCUUCGUGAAAACUUUCGAUUUCAGGGAUCUGAGAAUCGACGAAGCCCUGAGGACUUAUCUGGAGUCUUUCAGGUUACCCGGGGAAGCCCCCACGAUAGCCCUGCUUCUGGAGCACUUCGCCGAACAUUGGCACAAAAGUAACGGAGAACCCUUCGCCGACGUAGAUUCCGCGUUCACCUUGGCCUACGCCAUCAUAAUGCUGAACGUGGACCAGCAUAAUCAGAACGCCAAAAAGCAGACGAUCCCGAUGACCGCCUCGGGUUUCAAGAAGAACCUCGCUGGGGUUAACGGCGGCGGAGACUUCGAGGAAGAAAUGCUGGACGAAAUAUACAACACCAUCAAAAACGAUGAAAUAGUGAUGCCAGCCGAACAAACCGGACUCGUCAGAGACAACUACCUGUGGAAAGUACUGAUAAGAAAGGGCGCGUCUAAAGACGGCGUCUACCUCCACACGAACUCUGGAAUUUACGAUAAAGAACUGUUCUCCCUCAUAUGGGCGCCGGUUCUAUCUGCCCUUUCCUUCGUUUACGACAGGUCGGAAGACGCGAACGUUUACAGGAGGGCGGUGAGAGGUUUCGAAAAUUGCGCCUUCAUCUGUUCCCACUACAACCUAACCUCGAACCUCGACAUGUUGAUCCUCACCCUGUGCAAAUUCACCGCGUUCCACAACGUCCAGAGACCGAGCAACGCGGUCAGCCAGUUCGCCACCAACGUUAAAGCUCAACUAGCCCUUAAAACAGUCUUCAACCUCGUCCACCAACACGGCGACAACCUGAGGCAGGGUUGGAAGAACAUCUUCGAUAUAAUCCUAUCCAUUUAUUCCCACGGGCUGUGUCCGAAGAGUUACGUGGAAGUCGAGGACUUUAUCGAGACGUCCGGUAAGAUCACGCUGGUGUUCAAGGAGGUGGAGAACUUGCAGAAACAGGACACGGGGCUGUUCAGCUCGCUGUAUUCCUACAUGGUGUCGUCCGAGAACCUGGCGAAGAUACCAUCUCCGGAAGAACAAGAGAUGAGCGAGGUGGCUAGGAAGUGCAUCAGAGAUUGCAACUUGGAACAGAUCGUCACGGAUUCUAAGUUUUUGCACGAAGACGCGCUGUUGGAGAUGGUUAGGUCGCUGGUUGAAUUGUCCAGGGGUCCGGACGUACAGAAGUCGCUCGGAUACAACUACAACGAGAACAUAACCGUGUUCUUCUUGGAACUGUUGAUCAGGAUCAUGAUCCAAAACAGGGAUAGGGUGAUCUCGAUUUGGCAGAUCGUCAGGGACCACAUAUACACGUUGGUGAUGAACGCCUCUCUGUUCGAUUACCAGUUCUUGCUGGAAAGAUCCGUUAUCGGUUUGUUACGCGUCGCUAUCAGGUUGAUGCGCAACGAAGACAUGAGUGCGAUAGUGCUCCAGUCGCUCAGAAUGUUGCUCCUUUUGAAGAGCAGCACGUUGUGCAGGAUCUCCAGGCAGAUCUCCUUCGGACUCUACGAGCUCCUGAAGACCUCUGCUCAGAACAUACACACCAACGCCGAUUGGACGAUAAUUUUCACGCUCUUAGAGUGCGUCGGGGCUGGUGCUCAACCCCCCAAACCAAUCGCGGAUGAUAAUCAAGUCGACCAAGCCACGAAGUCCGACAGCGAGAGGCCGAGCGACGAGGAUUACUCUUUCGUCGAUAGGGGCUACACUUCGGACUCCGAACUGACCAAAAGCCCCAAAAAUACGUCCAUGCGAUCGCAGAGUCCGGUUUUGUUGUCGCCGAUAUCGCCGGCGAGUAAUAACUCGGGAGGUUGGAUAUUUGUCAGCACGGGAAACGACGAAGACGCGGCCAAUACGGGGAUAGUGGGAAGGACGAUGCCUCCCAAUCAGUACAACCUGGCGUUGGAGAGGAACUUGGGGCCCCACGAUCCCAGCAGCCUGAUCAAGUGCUGCGAGAGUCUGGCCUUUCUGGUCAGGGACGUCGCUCACAUCACCCCGUACAAUUUCGACGUCUGCGUCCAUUGCAUCAGGACGUUCGUUGAGGCCAGUCUACACGGAACCAAUACGAGUAAAAAAGGAACGGGGAGGAGCAAGAAGAGGGCGAAUAGGCGUCAAAGUGAAAUUUACAACUCUAGGAGGAGCCCCACGAGUAGCCCGGACGAGGAUGACACUAGUGACGAGGAGAGCAUUCCUACAGGUUAUCAUCAAAUAUCCAUACAGCUUCUGGACCUGAUGCACACCCUACACACCAGAACCGCGCAGAUAUUCAAAUGGUGGUCGGAAGAGGGCGGAGAAAUGCCCGAGGACAUGUCCCUGUGGACCCACGGCUGGUGCCCCCUUCUCCAAGGCAUCGCCAGGUUAUGUUGCGACAUAAGGAAACAAGUUAGGAUGGUGGCGAUAACGUACCUCCAACGAGCCCUCCUCGUGCCGGACCUCCAAACGCUGAGCGGGCCAGAAUGGGAGGCCUGCUUCCACAGGGUCCUCUUCCCGCUUCUCAGCUACCUCCUCCAGCCCAUCAGUCCGAAGGACGUCGUGGCGAUGGAAGAGACGCGAAUGAGGGCGGCGACGCUGCUCUCGAAGGUGUUCCUGCAUCAUCUGACGCCGCUGCUGUCGUUGCCCACCUUCAACAACCUGUGGCUCAUCAUCCUCGACUUCAUGGACAAGUACAUGCACGCGGAUAAGAGCGAUCUCCUGUACGAAGCUAUCCCGGAGUCCCUGAAGAACAUGCUGCUGGUGAUGGACUCGGCGAGGGUCUUCGAAUCCAACGACGGGAAGAACCAGCUCUGGCACGCCACCUGGAGUAGGAUCGACACGUUUCUGCCGGACAUGAGGGAGGGUUUGUUCAGGCAGGAUAGUCCGGCGCCGGAUCCGAACGCAGAGCCGAAUACCGUUAUCAAAGAGGUCGAGAGUAAAGAUUCCGUUCAAACCAAACCAGUGCAACACAACAUCGAAAACGCUACCAGAUCUAGCAUAAUUCUCCAACCUCCGCCGGUGAAGAAGACCAACAUUUCAUCUCCCCUUUUCGCCCAUCUCGGUCAGGAUCAACAACCUUACGUUUCUCAGAUGGUGUCGACUCCCAUCGGACCGGUGAUGCCUCCGGACGCGUCUCAGAUGUCCACCAAACCUCCCCUGUCGCCGACCGGCCAACCGUACCUCCCUUCCGUCAACUCUGUACCCCUUCCCGUCAUCCCCAACUCGACGGCGCCCCUGUUGCAGCCGACCCUGCAACCCGGCAUGCCCUACAUGCCCAACCUGUUCGUCCCCGCCGGACAGCAACACACGUUCCCGGUGUUGUACAACCAACAGCCGGUCGUACCGGCAACAACGCCGCCCACCGAAGUACAACCGACGUCGCUGUACGCGGAGUACAUGGGCAACCCUUACAACGUGACGCCGGCCGAGAAUUUCAAGGACCAGGAGAACGGGGCGGUUCCCGAGCAGGUCGAUGACAGUUGCAUAACCUCAAACGUCAACGACAACGACGACGGUAGAUACGCAGCGGGCGGGGCGGAUAACAACAACGGGGAAUACGCGGGGGUUGCGAAUAAUAACGGCGCGAACACUUCAUAUUUUCAGUCGUCCAACUAUUUCAACAGUCAGGUAGAUAAAACGGGGAUACCGCCCGGUUCGGAGAUACUUUACGCGAUUCAGGGAAUCUCGGCGUCUGGGGGGAUCUACUCGAACUCCGGUUCUAAAAUCAGUGAUAUAUAAAGAUGUAGUCUUAGGUAGGUAAUGUCCAAAACACCUGUAACGAAAUGUAUAUUUCUGAAAAGAUGCAUUAAGGUUUUUAUUCGUUGUGAUUUCACAGUGUGGAUGGGAUUUUAUAUUUACUCUUUCUGUAUAUUAGAUUCUGAAAAGACUGCGAUCGUUUUGGAUCCUGGAUCGUGAAAUGGUUCAACGUUUAAUUGAAUUUUACCAUGCAUUUAUCUGAUCCUUUGAUCGAUGUGAUUUUUUUCAUUUCUCGUAGAAACGCCAAAUGGUGUGGUGUCCUCCUGUACAUAUUUUUAAUAGUCAGUCGAACUAACGCAUUGAAGCAUCAUUUCGUCAUUUAUUAACUAUCCAUAUAAGUGUAAGUAUACUGCAGUUUUAGAUAUUUGUGGAAAUGUGUAUAUUAUAUUAUUUUGUUGAGAUAUCUAUCGAUUUAUCAUUGUUAUGUAAUAAUAAUAUAUUGGUGAACAAA